GCUGCGAGUGUGCGACUUCCUAACACCUAUCGAGCGAUUUAAGGCGCGGGAGCGGCUUGUCGACAAUCGAGACACACGAUCUUCAUCACGACCGCGGCCUCGCGCAGCACGCCGCGCGCUCACGGCGCCCAGAGCUCCCAGCCCCAGCAGCGCCCCUUCCGCGCAGCGGAAACCUGAUGCGGAAGUGGCUAGGCAGCUCAAGAACGCCGCACGUCGCGCUUACCAUACACGCAAAAGGUUAGCGCGAGAGACAGCAAAAGUGCGCGCGGGGCAAGCGAAAAUGGCCAAGCCAAGGUACCUAACAGAGCAAAACCCAACUCAAAUAAUUCAUCCUGCUCCUAAGGUAGAAUUCUCCAGGUUUGAUGGGAAUCAGCCCAGAUCAUGGAUCCUAAAAUGCAACAGCUACUUCAAGCUUGUUCCUAACAUCCCUGACCAACAGAAGGUAAUCCUAGCAUCUAUGCACCUGGAGGGAAAGGCUGCACUAUGGUAUCAGAAUUUCAGCUCUCAACCCUUGAAUUUGACCUGGGAUCAGUUCAUUGAUGUGAUAUCAGCUAGGUUUGAGGAACUGAGGGAAACCAAGAUCAUAUCAGAGUUCAACAAGCUAAGGUUAAAGGGAUCCUAUGAGGAGUAUGUUGAAAAAUUUGAAGAACUAAAUGCUUGUAUGCAGAUUUUGGGAAAAUACUCUGAAGAGUACUUUAUAGCCAGCUUCAUCAGUUGGCUAGCGGAAGAAUUACAGGCUUUCAUUCACAUAUUUGAACCCUCAUCCCUGUUACAGACCAUUGAGUUGGGGAGACAACAACUUCUCACACUGGAGGCUAUUACUAGGAAGGUCAGAAAUCAAUCAAGACCACCUGUCUCAUCAUAUCCACAAAACCAAAGAAAAUUUGAAAACCAAAAUCAGAAGAGUACUCCUGCUGCCACCCCAAGGACAACUACCAAGUUACUAUCCUCCUCUGAAAUGGCAGAAAGAAGAGAGAAAGGUUUAUGUUAUAAUUGUGAUGAGAAAUUCACAUUUGGGCACAGAUGUAAGAACAGGAUUAACUAUAUGAUAAUGACUGAGGAAGAGGAAUUAGCCUAUCUUAAGGUGUGUGAGGAAGAAUCACUCUCUGAGGUGGAUCCUGACAUGGAGGAGGUACAAAUGUCUCUCAACUCUUUAUCAGGAGAGGAUGGGGUGACUACUAUGAGGCUAUUUGGUCAGGUUGGUAAACACAAACUCCACAUAUUGAUUGACUCAGGGAGUACCUUAAGCUUCAUUCAAGAAAAAACAGCUCACAAACUAGGGUGCAAGUUGGACAAGGUCAAACCACUGCUAGUCAAUGUUGCAAAUGGACAAAGGCUAGUAAGCAAUCAUGUAGCCACAGAAUUCACUUGGGACAUGCAGGGAAACAAGUUUACCUAUCCUUUAAGAGUGCUAAAAAAUGAGGGAUGUGAUCUCAUAUUGGGAGGUGACUGGCUCAAAUCCUGCACACCUAUUGAGCUGGACUAUGAAGACAUGACAUUCACAGUUACCUUACAGGGGAAGAAAGUGAGGUUGCAAGCCUUGACAUCAAGCUCAGAGUGCCAGUUUAUUUCUGGCCACUCACUCUACAAAUUGAUACACACCGAGUUAUCCAGUCAGAUUGAGGAGUUAUAU